AAUGUCAGUACUGAGUAGGUCGAAAAAGUCAAAAUGCCCGAGCAGAUGUACUGCUCCGAGCAAAUCUCCAUACCGCCAUCCUUCCCGUAUCUGCUACGCCAAUACGCCAAAGCAGCCAUAAGAACUCAACCGUCUGACCUGCUUAAAUGGUCCACGGCUUACUUCCGCUGCCUCUCGCUUGACAUCCCUCCUCCUGUCAAGCCUCGAUUGGAAUACCCCAUCCCUAAAGGGUUCUGUGGGAUAACUCCGGGAUGGUUGAAGGCCCUUCUGUACCAGUUGCAGAACAAUCGGACAGUCUCGUUCAAGAUAUUGUGGGAUAGAUGGACUGGAGCGUGUUUGGAACAUAAGACGUUGAUUCAGAUCCUGUGUUUGGGCGGAUUCGCAGACGCUGAAGCCAUACCAUGGCUAAAAUUCGUUGGGCUAUGUGCAGCACAUCUGACUCACGAUCUCACUCAUACCAUGAUGUUGAUCUGCGAAAUAAGUACCGAAGAACCGGAAGGGGGGUCAGCGAUGAUAUCUUUGGAGAUAUUCAUGGAGCUGUACAAGUUCCUGGCCAACAUAGACGCCUCCAAGCCUCAGAAGUUGAAGAACAUCCACUUCACUGACUCGGUACUGAGCCUUUGGGGCGAAAAGGUAGAAGAGGAAGCUAAACAGGAGAGCAAGGAAGAGAUAGCAAUCGAGGCAGAAAGCGAGAGCUCUCAGGAAACUGAGAAGUCUGUGAUGGACGAAGCUAUUAAAGAACCUAGCAGGGAAACGAUAUCGUGUCCAAGCAUUGCCGGAGAUGAGGAAUUGAAGUACGAUGUGGACUACUUCAUCGAUAUACCCGAGGAAGAGGGAGAAGACGAUAUAAAAAUUCACGAGUAUUUGGAAGGCGUCCGACCGCCGUUCGAUAUCGGAGUCGAACCCGUGGAAGAACCUCAGGGAGAUGUUAAAAAAGUCGCACGAGAAGAAACGGAAGAUGAACAAAAAGCGGAAGAAAAAGCAGCUACUAAAAACGAGAACGACGAGCAAAAUGAAGGCGAUAAAAGUGAACAGGCCGGUGAAGGCAGAAAAGAAGACGAAGUCCCAGGUGAAGGCGGUUUCGAGGAGUUGGUGCCAUAUGACGUUGAAUACGUGGCGCCUGAAGAGGAAGGCGUUCUUGGGGACGAAGGAUCGGUGGAGACGGUGUUCGAAGAACCGAGGAAGAUCGAGCCCGAACGAUCACUUUUUGAAGACCAGAGGGCGCUGUUUGAGGAUCUUGAGAGGUUCAAGGUGCUACAGGAGAUACCAGGUGAAACCGAUGAAGAAGUAGAGAAGUACAAAUGCGCUCUAAUCGAAGACAUGCCUCUAACUGAGUCCCAGCUGAAAGCGGUCGGGCAUUUCGGACCUGGUAUCACCGACAUUGAGCCGAUUAAAGAAGGAGCCGCUCCAGAUGAAGACGUUGGUGAAGAAGAGGAGGAAUUUGUUGGAGAAAGUGAGGAGGAAGACAAAGACACACAUUACGAAGAAGUUUGGGUAGACGCAAUUCCUGGGAUUGGACCAGUUGUUCCUGAACAUUUGGUUAGAGCAGUAGGGGAAUAUAUGAGCAGUAUCGCCGCCAUACAGCAUGGGAUGGUCAUGCCGAGAAAUAUCAGGCAUUACAAUUGCCCUCCUUUGGAAGUAGUGGAAUAUUGAAAUAUACACAGUUUUAUAAGAA